CGGAACAGGGUAGCUCGACCCCAAGUACAUUUACUACGAAACCGCCCGCCGAUUACACGACAAGAGGAAACACGGUUUCGACCGACACUUCAUUCACACCGCUUUUUCUUGGGAUAGAUUCCCAAUCCUUCUCUUUUCUUCUAUCGAGGCUUGCUACUCGAAUACAUACCCUGCUCCUUCCCCGCGACGCACAUCCCACUACAACCCUCCCGCGCCUGCACGUUAACGACACAUUGCACUCUCCCACACCACCACACAUCAUGGCGCCACCCGGACGCCGGAGAGGUAACCUCUCGCCCGGAACAAUCCUCCUCGGUCUCUUUUUCCUCUUCUCGUCCACCGCAUCCGCCGCCUCAGCAGUGCUGGGUGUCGAUCUGGGCACCGAAUACAUCAAAGCCGCACUAGUAAAGCCUGGCAUUCCCCUCGAAAUCGUCCUCACCAAAGACUCGAAACGGAAAGAAACAUCGGCCGUUGCCUUCAAGCCAUCGAAAGGCGGUGCGCUUCCCGCUGGCUCCUUCCCCGAACGCUUCUACGGCGGCGACGCGAUUGCGUUGCAAGGACGAUUCCCAGGCGAUGUAUACCCUAACCUGAAACACCUUCUUGGUGUAUCGAGUGAGAGCGACAUUGUGGGCACGUACAAGGAGAGAUACCCCGCGUUGGAGGUUACAGGCACAGAGGGUCGCAAGACGGUCAGCUUCCAGAGCGGCGUUUUCUCAGAGGAUAAAUCAUACACAGUCGAGGAACUAUUGGCGAUGGAGUUAAAGAACGUCAGAGAGAACGCAAAGGCGCUCGCAGGCAAGGGAUACGAUAUCCAGGACGUUGUCUUUACCGUCCCGGCCUUUUACACGGUAGAUGAGAGGCGUGCACUUGAGAUUGCCGCAAGAUUGGCUGGUCUCAAAGUGCUUAGCGUCGUGUCGGAUGGUCUGGCUGUUGGUCUCAACUACGCUACAGGCAGGACAUUCCCUGAUGUCACAAAGGAUGGCAAGCCGGAGAUCAACCUGGUCUUCGAUAUGGGUGCUGGAUCUUUGUCUGCUACUAUUCUCAAGUUCCAAGGCAGGACUGUCAAGGACGUUGGAAGGCGCAACAAGACUAUCCAGGAGGUUCAGGUUAUGGGCACUGGAUGGGACAGGACUCUUGGAGGUGAUGCGCUCAAUUCGCUCAUUGUCGACGAUAUGGUGGCUACUUUCGUUGAGCUGCCUGCUGCCAAGAGCGCUUCUUUCACCGCCGACAAGGUCAAGACCCAUGGACGUACCGCUGCGAAGCUCUUCAAGGAGGCUGAGAGGGUUCGUCAGAUGCUCAGCGCCAACAAGGAGACCACAUCCUUUUUCGAGAGCUUCUACGAGGAUGUUGACUUCCGAUACAAACUCCCUCGCGCUAGGUUCGAGGAGCUUGCCGCUACCUAUGCCCAACGCAUCGAUGGACCCAUCAACAAGGCUCUAGAAGCUGCUGGACUCACAUUCGCUGACAUCGACUCCGUUAUCGUUCACGGUGGCGCAAGCCGUACACCUUUCGUCCAGGCUCGUCUCGAGGCUGUCGCAGGCAAGAGUAAGAUCAGGGCGAAUGUCAACGCCGACGAGGCCGCCGUAUUCGGUGCUGCUUUCAAGGCCGCUGGUCUCAGCCCGUCUUUCCGCGUCAAGGAGAUUCGUGACUCGGAUACCCAGGGCUACAACCACGGUUACCAGUACAUGUUUAACAUGAAGGACCGCGACCAGAAGAUCUUCACCCCCAGCACCAAGCUUGGAGCGACCAAGGAUCUGCCAUUCCAGAUGAUGGGCGAGUUUGAGUUCACCAUGUACCAGGCCAUCCCUGGUGCUAACGGCGAGGUGUCAAAGGAGCCCACUCUUCACUUCCAGAGCGGCAACCUGACUCAGGUUGUUACAAACAUGAUCAACGACGACAAGUGCGACCGUGAUUCCUUUAACAACUACGUACAAGUCAGGCUUAGCCCUGUUACCGGUACUCCUGAAGUCUUGUCCGCGUGGGUUACCUGCGAGACUGAGAGCGAGGAGGUCAAGGGCGGGAUUGUUGAUGGCGUCAAGAACCUGUUUGGAAUGGGUGGCAAGAAGGACCAGGAGCCGUUAAAGGAGAGUGAGAGCUCGUCUUCUUCGUCCGCUUCCAAGUCGUCUUCGAAAUCUUCUUCGUCUUCGUCUUCGGCGGGUACCGAGAGCACUGAUGCUGCGAAGGCUGGCGAGAAGAAGAUUAAGACCAUUCGAUCGGCAAUUACAUACGAUGUUGAGCAGCUAGGAUACAAGAAGUUCCCUCGUAAGGAGCUGAAGAGGAUGCAAGACAGGCUCGCUGCUUUCGAUUCGUCAGACAAGUCUCGCCGCGUUCGCGAAGAGGUCUUGAACUCGCUUGAAGCCUUCACUUACCGUGCCCGUGAUUACAUUGAGGAUGAGUCGUUCAUCGGUGCUUCCACCUCUGCUGUCCGCUCGACACUCGAGACGACGCUCGAAGCCGCUUCAGAGUGGAUGUACUCUGGCGGAGCAGAUGCAGAUGAGAAGACUCUCAGAAGCAAGUUAAAGGAGCUUGAGGACAUUGUCAACCCCGUUCUCAAGCGCAAAGACGAAGCUUCCAAGCGUCCUGACGCCAUCAAAGAACUCAAGGAUACCAUCGCUCACAUCAAGGAAGUCGAGCAGCUAGUGGAUGGCCAGAUCAAGACGCAAUCAGCCGAGAGCUCCAAGAGCAGUGAAGCAGUAUCUAAGGCUUCUGCUGACGCUGCCGCCUCGCCAUCUACCGACCCUAUGGACGAGCUUGACGACGAAGCAGAUGCACCCGCCGCACCUGAAAUCACUGAAGUUCCUACUGUUUACACGGAAGACGACCUAAAGACUGUCCAGGACUACGCCUCAAAAGCACAAGCAUGGCUUGACGAGAAUGAGGCUAAGCAGAGCAAACUCACACCCACCGACGAUCCGGCUUUUACCGUCAAGGACAUUCUUGCUGAGAAGAAGAAGCUAGAUGACGUCGUCAUGGACAUGAUGAUGAAGAAAAUGAAGCACUUCAAGCCUCCGACGCAAUCUUCCAAGUCGAAGACUACGAAGGCCAAGGCGACAAAGUCCAAGGCCAAGAAAUCGGCCACCAAGACUAAGAAGGCAACCAAGGAAACCGAGAAGCCUGCUGCGGCAGAACAUCCUCACCCGGACUCUCAACAGCAGGUCGAGGACAUGGAGAAUGGAGACAUCAAACAUCAGGCGCAUGGGGGUGAAGCGCCCAGUCAGCAGGAGAUUGAGGAAGCAUUGAGGAAGGCGGGCAUCUACGCUGAGAAUGCGGAGAAGAAGGAGGGGAGAGAGGGUGGACCGGAUGAGUUGUAGACGAGAAGCAGACCAAUGAUGAGGAAAGUCUAGCGUUAGAUCGAGGUUGUUAGAUUCACUUGGAUGACAAUGUAAAUGAUGCAAACGUAUUCAGUGCU